GUUGAUGUCUUGAUGAUGUUGAUGUAGUAGUGAGUUGACUGUACCUUGGUGUCGUUGCAAUCUGCUCAUCCCGUACGUGAUUCAUCAUUGACAUUCCGACUCGAAAACCACAACAAUACGAGUGUCGAAGACUGCACUUGAGUGCUCUGUGUCUACUGUCAAAGUUCUUUCACCAUGGCUGGUCGCAACUACUUGAGCAACCCAAACGGUUCGUUUUUCUCUGUUGAGGAUGAUGAUGUCGACGAUGACACAUUUUUGAGAAAUUCCAGACAGGCACAGAAGCUUAGGGAAAUAGAAGAUCGUGCGCUUAGGUCAGCCCAACAAUCUAUAAGCAUAUUGCGGGAGACUGAAGACAUUGGAGUGAAGACUGCUGAGGAGUUGAUGAUCCAGAGAGAGAAACUAGAGCGCACUGAGAAGAAUUUGGACGACAUCAAUACCACUCUCCGAUACAGUCAAAAACAUAUUAAUGGAAUCAAGAGUGUAUUUGGAAGUUUGAAAAACUAUUUUAGUGGACGCGCAGACCAGAAGCCUGGUCAAAAUGACCCUCCGAGUUCGAGUAGUACCAGUAACAAUGCUGCUGAAAGUUCUUCUGGAUACUCUGCUUCAGCGAGCCGCAAACUUACUGAAGCAUUAGAAUACCAGCCUCCUUCUCAAGGAGUCCACCCUGGCUUGCGAAUCAGAGGACUUGGUGAUGAAGAUGAUGAUGUGCCAAAUCUAAGGAGCCCAACUUCAAUGAACCCACUUCAGAGCAGAUUUAAUCAAGUGAAUGAUAUCUUAGACAAAAAUAUUGAUGAGGUUGGUUCAUCAUUGUCUAGACUGAAGGGUCUUGCUCAAGGAUUGGGUGAAGAAAUUGAGUCUCAGAAUGAUCUUAUUGAUAGAAUACAUGAUAAAACUGACAGAGCUGAAGUGACAGUUACACGUCAGAAUAGAGAAAUGAAACGUCUGCUGAAAUAAAUCUGUCGCAAAACUAAAAUUACUUUUCCUUUUGUUAAAAUUGUAAUUUUCUUGGUGUGGUCAUUUCAGAAAAAAGUAGUUCUAGUAUGUCCUCCGAAAUACUCUUGUAUCAUGAUUGGCCUAUUGUAAUAUCUUUGCACUACUUGUUUCAUCACAUUUUAGUUAGUUUUUCUUAAAGUAAUUGGUACGUACUCAGUCACAUUGAGAUUCAUGACACUUGUGAUAAAAAAUUAGUUGGUAUUGUAAUGUGUACUACCAUCUGUUUAACAACUUCUUCAAAAAAAGAAUUUGUAUGGAAUCAAUUGUCUUUCUUCCUAGAGAUCAAACUUGAGAUUGAUGUCUUACAAUAAAUGUAUUUAAUGAUAUAGGAACUUUAUAUGUAUUUUUUGCUGGUAUGUUAGUAACCAAAGAUUAAAGAAGUGGAGAGCAACUCACUACAAUAUAUUAAGUUCAUCCUUAACAUUUAAGUUAGUGAAGAGAUUUACUGAGAAUGAUGCUGUUGUAAAUGAUUCUUUACUUAUCUGUCCUGUUUGAUUAUUUUUCUACCCUGUUUAAAGCAAAAGUGUUGUUCCCUGUUUGAAAUCACAUUUGUUGUGUUCAUUUUUGUAUAUUUUCAUCUGCACAUCCUGUCAAGAUGUUUUUGAAUUAAGUGUGACACAAUCAACCAGGUUACUCACAAAUCUGUGCGAAUUUGUUAGAGCUAUGUUUUUAUUCUAUCUAUAUGUUUAAAUAUAUAUUUUUUUUUACACAAAA